AUGCUCGCCAAUUCCUCCGAUGUAGGCCCAAAGGGCGGUGCUGGGCAGCAGCCCGGCCAGACCCCUCAGCCGCAGACUGGCCGCUCCAGCUUUGACCGCGAAGGCUCCUCUGGCCUGCAGCCGCCCAAUGGCGCCGCGAAUGCAGCCUCGACGCGCAACUUGUCCACGUCGGCCCUGUCCUUUGGGCCCCGCGGCAGCAGUCUGAACCCGGCCGCCGGUCCUGGUAGCUUCAGUUCUGAGCUUCGGAGCCAGAUGAUGUCGAGCCGCGCCGGCAGCAGGCUCGACGUCGGGUCCAUGUACGCUGGCGGCAUCAUGGACAAGGUCAUGGAAGAAUCGCCCGACUACGCCUCCGAGCUUCAGCUGCUGCAGCUCAAGGACAAGCUCAGUCGCGAGAUGAAGAUCAAGGAGGGCAGCGAAAACAUGCUUGAGGCCCUCAACGUCAAAAAAGCAAAACAGACCAAAGACCAACGCCAGCGAGUCGAAGCUGAGCUGAGCGCCAGCAGUCUGAGAAUCCGCGAACUGCGUCGUAAGAUAACAGAUACACAGCAACAGCGUACGCGACCCGCAACCCCGACACGAACAUGGACUCAGGAUAGCUCCGUGUCCAACGGUGCCCGCUCGAACCAAAGUCCUACCAAGUCCAAUGCCGGCGAAUCCGAUAUUGACGAAACGACGGAGAGUCCCUCGUUUGCUCUGGCUGAAUUGCUGCAAGCGCUCGAGGUGGAGGGCAUGAUGCCCGAGUACUACGUCAGCCGCGCCAACCAACUUGUAGGCCUGUUCAAGAGACAUCCCGCCAUCAAGUAUGACUUGGUGUGGGCCAUCUUUGGCAUGCGCAUGCAAAUGAUGCUUCUCAGUGAAAGUCGAGAAGUGGUGGCAGCUGGUUACCGGGUCACACGAUAUGCCAUUUCCGAUUUGGCUUCGCUCAAGAAAAUCCGAGACCUCAACACGGAUUUUCUAGUCGUCCGCUCGCUCAACAACUACCGCAAGGCUGACGUUGAGCGUGAGCAGGCUCUUAAAUUCGUCAGAGCGUUUCUCGAUGUCAAGGACGGCGUCAAGGAGAUAUCAAGAGCUGUUGUCAGAACCAUCGUCGCUGUCGCUGAGCAAGGCGACGAUCGCCGUGCGACUGUUCCAGCUAUCGAUCAGAACGUAGAUCGUCUCCGCCCCAUUUGCAUCGAAACGUUGGCCGAGAUUCUUGUCAGAGACCCUCCGCUCCUGGUAGCGUCAGGCGGCCUUGGCCCCCUGUCAGACGCCCUCUCUGAAGGUUCAUACAAGGCAUCUGAGAGUUUGACGUCUGUCUUCCUGUUCCUUCUCGACACUCCGCAGAAACGCAAAUACCUUCAGCCCAGUUAUGGUCUCGAUGCCCUCUUCACAGCAUUUACAGAUCCGCUCGGCACAAACGAAAUCAUCCUAAAGCAAAGCUGUCGUGCAGUUUCUGUUGCAGUGAGGUCAUGGUCUGGCAUCAUGACCCUCAGCAUGUACGAUUUUCGGCCUAUUCGAUCUCUCAUCUACAGCAUGCUCCUUCCCAGUGAAAACGUACGAGAAACUGUGCUUGACCUCUUGUUUUCUAUUCUGCGAAUCAAGCCGCCCGCUUGGGCGACCUCUUUCCUUGCUGGUCGUCGACUGACCACCUAUGGUCGUGUUGUCAACCUGAAAUCGGGGGAUGGAAAGGAGAAACCGUCGCCAUAUAUGGAGGAAGACGGAAGCGAACAAAACUUUGUCGAUCACUAUACCGCUCUUAUUCUGGCUAUACUCAUCAAGGCUGGAUUAUUGCACAGCUUGUUGCAGAUUGCGCAAACAGAAGAGGACCCCAUGCUGAAGCGCAAAAUAUCGCUAUUGCUCUCCGAGGUCCUCAAACUUGCCAGCCGGUUAUUACCGCCUUCCUGGAGUGCGGAGCUUCAACUGUUGCCCGAGUUGUUCAAAGCCGCCACUGAUUUUGGCAAUGACGAGCAUUUCGUCGCAUCCAGUAUUGUCUACCAAAUCAGCAGCGUCAGCAAAACACUUUACAGAAGUGCACCAUCAGAAACCAUGGCUGGUAUUCUUCCCUCUAGCGACAGCAUGGUCGACUUGGCCGCCUUGGAAGGGCAACCUCGAGCAAAUAAUGCCCUCUACCUUGAUGAUACUACCUUCCGCCAGUUGCUUAUUGACUCUGGCGUCCUCAACAGCUCCAACUAUGCGAAGUGGGAUUGGGAAAUCAUCAUGAAGAUCAUCGACGGCCCACUACGAAACGGCAAGCGGCUGGAAGAAGUCGUGAGAGCGUCCAAGUGGAUGAAGCGGAUCAUGAGCUUCUAUCGACCUUUCAAAUACAAGUUUGCUGAAAUCAAAAACACACGCAAUACACAAAAAUAUGUUCAGGCUGGCUGUGCGUUGAUGCACUCGCUGCUACAGUCCAACGAAGGCGUCAACAUUUUGGCAGACAGCAAACUGGUUCGUCAAAUUGCCGAGUGUCUCGCACAAUGCGAUCCGACAAGUGGCCUCACCGCGCAGUCUCCAUUAUUUGCCAAAGACCGCCUUACCGAUACCCUUUGCAAUGGGUACUUUGCCAUGCUUGGUGUCUUGACUGGUGAUCCCAAAGGUCUGAUGCUUCUCGAACGAUGGAAGAUGUUCAACAUGAUGUACCAUAUUGUCGACCUGAAGCAACGGCCGGACUUGAUCAAACUUUUGCUUACCAAUUUUGAUUAUACGCUGCAAGGACACCAUCGUGUGUUGCUGGCCAAGGCCCUCAUCGCCGGCACAAAGGAUAUCCGAAUUUACGCAACGGAUGCGCUACGCAAGUGCACCCUGCGCCGUCCAGCCGCUACAAAUGCACUCGGGGACGUCAGCGACUCUCGAUGGGCCAUUCAGCUUCUAUCGACACAGUUGUAUGACCCCGAAAUAGACGUGUGCGCGACUGCAGUCAAGAUUUUGGAAAAGGCAUGCAACCGAAAGACAUAUCUGGAAUAUGUCGUUGAAUGCAGACCAGCUCUGGAUCAUCUCGGCGAGAUUGGCGCGCCACUACUGUUGCGUUUCUUGUCCACCUCGAUCGGAUAUCACUAUCUGGACGGGCUCGACUACAUCAGCAACGAAAUGGACGACUGGUUCCUGGGCAGGAACGACAGCUACGUCAGUGUGAUUGAGGCGUCUCUGGCCAAGUCUUUCUUGAUGGACGCCGAUGAGCAGGGACAGCAAUCUACCAUGUUUGAUGAGGCGGAACCAGGAGCGGACUUCCAUGAUAAUCAUGUGCCGCCUCAUUUCUAUCGAGAGCUAACGCGGACAACGGAGGGCUGCAAAUUGUUACGAGACAAAGGGCAUUUUGACGAAUUUGCUGCGACGAUUCGCGAUCACGGGAUGCAGGCAGAGGAUCCCGAGCUCAUCACUAAGGUCAAGGGCUGCAUGUGGGCCGUAGGCAAUGUCGGCUGUAUGGAGCUUGGAGCGCCAUUUUUGGAAGCCAGCGACGUGGUUGAGCAGAUCAUUCGGAUAGCCGAGUCUCAUCAAGUCAUGAGCCUCCGAGGGACCGCGUUUUUCGUUCUGGGGCUCAUCUCCCGCUCCACGCAUGGCUUGGAAAUCUUGUCAGAACAUGGAUGGGAUGCAAAUACGACACCGAUGGGCAACUCACUCGGUUACUGCAUUCCCACUGAUCUCAACAAGCUCCUGUCGCUAAAGCCAUGGAACCAUAUAGGGGCAUCAUCUAUUACAUUACCUCUGACGCAGCGGACGAUUCGCGAACCGCCCCCCGCUCAAGCGUCGAAGCCGCCAAAGGAAAACGCCGAGCCAACCCCUCUUAUAACAGACGAAGAAGUCAACGCGCGCAUUGUCGAGCUUCUUGUAGAUCUUGGCAGCACGGUCCUUUACAAGAGGGCGGUGACGGAGCUACAAAAGCUUAAGCAGCGCAAGCCAUCGGCGUUUCGCAGCAUCGACUUUUUCAAAUACGUCAUGGGUCUGAUGGAAUGGAACCACUACCGUCUGGGCGUGCGCAGGAUGGUGAUUGAUCUCUUUGACAAGAACGUCAUGCGACAGAUUGUGUUUGAGGAAUCAGACGAGGAGAAUGAGGAGGCGAGCAGCGAGGACGAAUCGGACCAGAGCGAGGUCAUCUCGAAGCGCAUGCAGAAGAAUGAGCAGCAGCGUCAAAAGGUGCAGCAGCAGCCGAAGAGUGGUAAGAAGGCGGAGGAGGCGCAGGAGGAGGAUGGAGAAGGUCAUUCUAGUGGCAACAGUCUCAACAGCGAUGACAACCGAACGGAGAGACAGCGCAGCGUGAGCGAACCGACCGAGUAUCUACGCACCAGCAUGCUGCCUCCACCUCUUAACUUGGGGCGGUAA